UAUGGACGUUUGGGAAUCUGAUGCAUAAUCAAACACAAGAGUGGUAGACAGCUUUGUGAAGAGUGUCAUUAGCGUACAGCAUACAGUUUUAUAUAGAGAUACAGUUUUGAAGUCUUCUCCACAGCGAGGAAGCAGCACUGGCGAUGUAGACAGCGCAUCUGUUCAGAGCCGGCGGCACGCAGUGGAACGGUGUGGAACAUCACGGGGGUGAGUGCCAGAACCACGAUUUCCCAAACCAACAUUAAUGAAUAUGUCAAAAAAACGCGCCUUGUAUUAAGCUAUCAGACAUUCUGCAGCACAAUUCGGUUUAACUAAUCGGGACAAACAAGAGCGGGUUAUCCCCGUAUACGCCUCAGAAAUGAAUCUUUCCGACAGCCUCUGCAAACAUGACAACGCCGGGGUCUAUGGGUCUAUUGUGUUCCAACAAAACUUCACCGAGUACCCGAACUCUUGGACCCAGCAUAACAACGGGAGUGCAGCUCAGCUUCCGACUUUCUCCACCGCCGCCAAGACAAGGGUCGGCAUUACCUGUGUUAUAUUCCUGGUGUCCGCUUUCUGCAACCUCGCCGUUCUGUGGUCAGCCAGCACCAACAACAAAAGGAAGUCGCACGUGAGAAUGCUUAUAAUAAACCUGACUGCGGCGGAUCUGUUGGUCACUUUUGUUGUCAUGCCUCUGGAUGCCAUCUGGAACGUCACAGUUCAGUGGCUUGCGGGGGACGUUGCUUGCAGGAUCCUUAUGUUUCUGAAACUCCUGGCGAUGUACGCCUGCGCUUUUGUAACUGUGGUCAUUAGUUUAGACAGGCAGUCUGCAAUCCUCAACCCACUGGCCAUCAACGAAGCGAAGAAAAAAAACAAAUUCAUGCUCUCUGUGGCUUGGACCAUGAGCGCCUUGCUGUCAGUUCCACAGAUGUUCAUAUUUCACAGCAUUACUAUCACCGUACCACAGAACUUCACCCAAUGCACCACCAGGGGGAGCUUCAAGGAACACUGGCAGGAGACCACGUAUAACAUGUUCACCUUUGUGUGCCUCUUCCUCUUACCUCUGGCCAUCAUGAUCUUGUGCUACUCCAGGAUCCUCAUUGAGAUAUCAAAACAAAUGACAAAGGGAAACAUAUCUUCGAAGGAAGUGCACUUGAGGCGAUCAAAGAAUAAUAUUCCAAAGGCACGAAUGAGAACUUUGAAGAUGAGCAUCGGCAUUGUGACUUCCUUCAUUGUCUGCUGGACCCCUUAUUACCUUCUGGGGCUGUGGUACUGGUUUUCCCCUGACGUUCUGGAGGAAACCGUCUCCCAUUCCCUGACCCACGUGCUGUUUUUAUUCGGGCUGUUCAGUGCUUGCCUGGACCCCAUCACCUAUGGACUCUUCACCAUCCACUUCACCGGCCUCAAACGCUACUGCUGCAGCACCAGUAUAAUGAUGGAGUCAGAAACCAAUUCCACCAUGACCAGCUCCUUUAGGGGCUCAGCGUCAUCGUUCCGUAUGAAGAGGCUCACUGUGCUCGCUCACAAGACGCAAGGGAGUAGCGGUGCGAGGAACGAGCCGGAGAGAAAGACUGGCUACUACAGCAACGGCAACAGCUAUCUCACUGUCUACAAGGAAGGGACCAAUGACAGGACUCACUCAUGAUGUGAGAUCAAACCAGAGCAGGAUGGAAGAAAGGCUGCACUCUCUGCCCGAGUGCUUUGAGAAGAAAAGGAUUGGACAAGCACCCUCCAUGGGCACCCUGGACUGAUUACCUCCCCUGAUUCCUUCAGGGAUGUUUAAAAUGGCAAUCUGUAGGAAAGUCUGAUCUCCAGAUUAACCUGUGAAGCAAUUACUAAGGAGGAUGUUCCUCAUGAAACGGCUGUCAUUUUUUGCAGCCCCUGCCAACCAAGCACCUCCAAUCAGUCCUCUAUCAAAGCCCCUUGCAACAGGGAGAUGCAGAUUGUGUAUAUUGCACAAUACUGUCAGGGAGUCCAUCUGUAUAGCAAGUUAAUGAGGUAUGUGAAGGGUAGUCCAUUUACACAAAAGUGUACACUGCAUAUCACAGGUGUUUAUAAUGGUUCCCCGCAAUGGGAAACUCUUAAUCAGGUCCAUUCUUUAUGCCUUUGUCGUGAUUUUCUGUUAUAACUAGGGGUCAGCUCAAUGGAAUGGUCAUGGACAGACAGGACGGACAAAUGAAUACUAUCAGUUCGCAAGGGUCCCCAUUUUUUAAAUUAGGUCCCCAUUUUUUAAAUGAGGUCCCCAAGCAGGAUCAACCCUGACAUUAUUAAAAAAAGACACCUUAAGAACACUAUAAAGGCAGGGUUAGAAACGUGGGGCUCUCCUGUUAAUGAUUCAAAUGACUGCUGUACCACAUUAAGAUCUGUUGCUAAUAUAGAACAAUUGAAUAAACAUUUACUUUGUGUUUCUUAUGUUCCUACCAUAGCUUCAGUCUAUAUCUACCUCAAAUCACACAAAAAUGCCUCAGAAACUCGCUGUCACUGACAGUACAUUGAUCCCAGUCAGCCUCCCUGAAUCUUUUUCAAAGGUAAGAGGUUCUGUAAAUAGUUA